AUGGGUCGGGCUAUGGCAUUGGUCAGGACUUUGUCCUUUGGGUUUAAGGAAGCUGAUGGGGAUGUAUUUAAAGAGGACCAAUGGGUUCGGUUCAAUGAUGGUAAGGUCACUCAUGUGUAUCUAGUGGACGAGUUGGUCGGGGGUCGGGCCGAUACUCAAAUAGCGUACAUUGUGAUCUACAAGAAGGAUAAGGUGCCGGAUGGGUCCAUUGAAGAGAUCGUCGAUGAGGAGAUGGAGAUGGAAUCCAAUCCCGAGAAAAAAGGCCAAAAAGUGAACAGCUGUGUGAUACCAAUAUACUAG